CAUCACACUACAAGCACGAUGGAGAAGCCGCACAAGGCUCACCAAAAGCCUUCAGCGGGCUCCAAGCUCGAGAAGAAGGACAAGGCAAAGGGCGUCGACCGCUCAGCCGUCAAGGGCUACAACCCCAAGGCCUUCACAUCGCAGUCAUGGCGGUCGGCCAACCUGGCAGCGCGGCGCACCGCCGAGAAGGACCAGAAGCGCCUCCAUGUGCCGCUUGUCAACCGUAACCCCGAGGAGCGCAAGGUGACGGGCGAGAAGGGCAAGGGGAUGGACGAGGGUGCCAUGCCCCCGCCGCCGUUCAUUGUCGGCAUUGUCGGCCCGCCUGGCGUCGGCAAGACCACCCUGCUCCGCUCGCUCGUCCGCCGUUACACCAAGAACAACCUCGCCGACCCGCAGGGCCCAAUCACCGUCGUCUCGGGCAAGACGCGCCGCAUCACGUUCGUCGAGUGCGGCAACGACCUCAACUCGAUGAUCGACCUCGGCAAGGUCGUCGACCUUGUUCUGUUGAUGAUUGACGGCUCGUUUGGCUUCGAGAUGGAGACGUUCGAGUUCCUCAACGUCCUCCAGGCGCAUGGUUUCCCCAAGGUCAUCGGCCUGUUGACCCACCUCGACCUGAUCAAGAAGCAGCAGACGCUCAAGGACACCAAGAAGCGGAUCAAGCAGCGUUUCUGGACUGAAAUCUACGACGGCGCCAAGCUCUUCUCGCUCUCGGGAGUCAUGAACGGACGCUACCCCGACGCCGAGAUCAACCUCCUCGCGCGCUUCAUGUCGGUCGUCAAGUUCCGCCCCCUCGUCUUCCGCAACCAGCACCCGUACCUCCUCGCGGACCGAAUCCAGGACCUGACGCCGCGCGAGGCCGUGCGCGCGAACCCCAAGAUCGACCGCACGAUCACGCUGUACGGCUAUCUCCGCGGUCCCAACCUCCCGGCACGCAACGCCAAGAUCCAUAUCCCCGGUGCAGGCGACCUCGAGGUCAAGGAGGUCGAGCGGCUCGGCGACCCGUGCCCGCUGCCGACGCUCGAGAGCGAGCGCCGCCGCCGUAUGGGCGAGAAGGCCAAGCUCAUCCACGCGCCCAUGAGCGACGUCGGCGGCGUCAUGUACGACAAGGACGCCGUGUACGUCAACGUCCUCGGCUCGUUCUCCAAGGACGGCGACCAGCCCAAGGGCGAGGGUGAGCAGAUGGUCAUGGACCUGCAGGACGCGAACGAGACCCUGGCCGAGGGUAUCGCCAAGUCGGAGAUCCGCCUGUUCAACUCGUCAUCGGCCCCGCUCAGCGCCGACCAGGGCAAGCGGGAGAGGAGGCGUGCCGAGCCGCGUUCGGGUGGCCCGAUCCUGGGCGCUGAUGAGGACGAGGACGACUUUGACGACGAGUACGACGAGGAUGAUGAGCGCGAUGGCGGCCGCUUCGAGGAGGUCGACGACGACGAGGGCGGCGACGUCGACUACGCUGGAUCCGACUCGGACAACGACGACCUCGAACUGGCUACUGGCUUCGAGCAGGACGGUGGACGAGUCAACCUCUCUGACGACGAGUACGACGGCGACGAGCCUGAGGCCGAGUUUGACGAGGAGGAGGAGGACGACGACGACGAGGACGUGCCCCGCUGGAAGGUCAACAUGAGCGAGCGUGCCGCGCAGGGCUUCACCGAGCGCAUGCAGCGCCGGCGUAACCUCAUGGGCUUGAUCUACGGCGACGAGCUGUCACCCGACGAGAUUGCCGCUGGCAAGACGCGUCCUUCAUCUGCGGACGCCGAGUCAUCGGCCAUGGCGAUCGCGCACGACGGUUUGGUGCGCGUGAGCGGUGGCAACAACGCUGGCGACGACGGUGACCAGGUCAAGGUCGACUUUGACCCCCGCGAGCUGGAAGCCAAGUGGGCCAACGAGGAGCUCCUCGACUCGCUGCAGGGCCUCUUCAUCUCUGCCCGCAUGGGCGAGGAGGGUGAGGACGGCCUGCCAUACGAGGAGGCCGGCGACGACUUUGAGGACCUCGAGGGCGAGGACGGCGACGGAGACGACGCGGUCCCGUACGUCGGUGUCAAGCCUGCCGGUGCCGACGACGUGGCCGCUGCCCGCGAGGAGGCCAUGGCGCGCAAGAAGAAGGCACUCGCGGCCAAGUUUGACGAGCAGUACGACGGUGGCUCGGACGACGAAGAGGGCGCCGGCAUGGACUUUUACGACACGCAAAAGGCGGAAAUGGCGCGCCAGCGACAGCUCAACGAAGCCGAGUUUGAGGGCAUGGACAUUGACGCCCGUGCCCAAAUCGAGGGCUACCGCUCGGGCAUGUACGUCCGCCUCGAGAUUGAGAACGUGCCCUGCGAGCUCAUUGAGCACUUUGACCCCCACUUCCCGAUCAUUGUCGGUGGUCUUCUUGCUGCCGAGGAGCGCUUCGGCUACGUCACGGUCCGUAUCAAGCGCCACCGUUGGUUCACCAAGACGCUCAAGACCAACAACCCGCUCAUCUUCUCGCUGGGCUGGCGCCGGUUCCAGUCGCUGCCAAUCUACCACCUCGACGACCACUCGAUCCGAAACCGCCUGCUCAAGUACACUCCCGAGCACAUGCACUGUCACGCAACGUUCUACGGACCCGUAUCGGCGCCCAACACUGGUUUCUGCGCGUUCAACUCGCUCGCCAGCGACGCCCCGGGUUUCCGUAUCAGUGCGACCGGCGUCGUGCUCGACAUUGACCGCUCGACCAAGAUUGUCAAGAAGCUCAAGCUCACGGGUACGCCGUACAAGAUCUUCAAGAACACAGCUUUCAUCAAGGAUAUGUUCAACUCGGCGCUCGAGGUGGCCAAGUUUGAGGGUGCCAACAUCCGCACCGUGUCCGGCAUUCGUGGUCAGGUGAAGCGCGCGCUUGCCAAGCCCGAGGGCUGCUACCGUGCCACAUUCGAGGACAAGAUUCUCAUGUCGGAUAUCGUCUUCCUCCGCGCGUGGUACUCCAUCGAGCCUAAGAAGCUGUACAACCCCGUGACGUCGCUGCUACUCGCCGACAAGAAGGGCUGGCAGGGUAUGCGCCUCACGGGCCAGAUCCGCCGCGACGAGGGUGUCGACACGCCGCUGGACCCCAACUCGGCGUACGGCAAGAUUGAGCGCAGCACGCGCCGCUUCAACCCGCUCAAGAUCCCGCGCAAGCUGCAGGCGGACCUGCCGUACGCUUCCAAGCCCAAGAUCCUCAAGGCGCAAACCAAGCCCACGUACAUGCAGUCGCGCGCCGUCGUGCUCGGCGACGAGGAGAAGAAGGCCGUCGCGCUGCUCCAGCAGAUCCAGAGCCUGCGCAAGGACAAGGUCCAGCGCCGCAAGGAUAAGCAGGAGGAGCGGAGGGCCGAGCACCGCAAGGAGGUGGAGAACUCGGAGGACAGGCGAAACGAGAAGAUUCGCGCUGAGAGGAGGGAGAGGCUGCGCACCGAGGCUAUCAAGCGCAAGCACCAGGAGGAGACGGCCGGCGGCGCUGGCAAGAGGAGGAAAAAGGCAUAGUGGAGGGCAUAGACUUGUAUGCAUUAGUGUGGCGUUGG